CAUUCCCUCACUGCCGGAGAACGGAAAUGACGUAACAUCAGACUUGUGCUGUUUCCACGUGUGAGCACUCCAGUCACAUUGGCAGGUCCGCAGCGGCACAAUGAAAAGACCAAAGUUAAGGAAAGCAAGCAAGAGGCUCUCUUGUUCCAAACGUUAUAAAAUACAGAAGAAGGUUCGGGAGCAUAACAGAAAGUUAAAAAAAGAGGCCAAGAAGAAAGGACUGAAGAAAAGUGUGAAGAAGGAUCCCGGCGUGCCCAACAGCGCCCCCUUUAAGGAGGAGGUCCUCAGAGAGGCGGAGCAGAGGAGGCUGCAGAUUGAAGAAGAAAAAGAGCGACAACGACAAGCCAAAAAGGAAGAGCGAGCCCAGAAAAGGAAGAAGGAGAAGGAGCCUGCUGCUAAAGAAGCAGAACCCAGUGCCAAGAAGGCUAAAAAGGGUACCACCGCAAAGAACUCAGAGAAACACUCAGCUCCAACCAAGCCCUCCGUACAGCACCUCUGUGCUGAGCUAAACAAGGUCAUAGAUGCGUCGGAUGUUGUAAUAGAAGUCCUUGAUGCUCGGGACCCGCUGGGAUGCAGGUGUCCAGAGGUGGAGGAGGCUGUGCUGCUGAAGGGAGGCGGCAAGAAAUUACUUCUGGCGUUAACCAAAAUAGAUCUUGUACCAAAGGAAAAUGUAGAGAAGUGGAUUGAGUUUUUACAAAGAGAGUUCCCAGUUGUAGCGUUCAAAGCUUCGACAAAGAUCCAGGACAAAACUGUGAAAGCCAAAAGGAGAAGGAAAAUCACGGCCUCCAACGAAGUCCUUGAUCAAUCCAAAGCCGCUGCGUGCUUUGGCAACGAUUGCCUCACCGAGCUGCUGACGGCUUACGCCGCUAAAACUCAGAGUGAAGCCGCCCUCAAAGUGGGCGUCGUCGGGUUUCCUAAUGUGGGCAAGAGCAGCCUGAUCAACAGCUUGAAGGGGAUGAUGGCCUGCCAUGUCGGGCUUACAAAAGGCACCACCAGAAAUAUGCAGGAGGUGCACAUGUCCAAGACCGUGAAGAUGAUGGACAGCCCGGGAGUCGUAGCGGCGCCGUCCAACCCAGCCGCCUCCAUGGCUCUGAGGAGCCUGCAGGUGGAGGAGGGUCAGGAGAGCGUGAUGGAUGCCGUCAAUACGUUGCUCAAGCAGUGCGACAAGUCCCAGGUCAUGCUUCAGUAUAACAUCCCAGACUUCAGGAAUUCCCUGGAGUUCCUGACCCUGUUGGCCAAAAAGCGCGGCUACCUGCAGAAAGGCAGCGUUCCCAACACAGAGCAAGCAGCAAACACCUUCCUCACUGAUUGGACAGGAGCCAAAUUAAGCUACCACUGCAAAGUGCCUGGCAGCUACAGCCUCCCGCUCUAUAUGACGGACGCAGUCGUCACAGAGAUGCAGAACGGCUGGGAUCUAGACAAGGUGAGGGCGGGCAACAAGGAAACUCUCAAAGGUGUUAAGUUUCCAAACCUGGCCAGCAGCAUGAUCUUCGUCUCUAGAGGACCGACCGCAGGUCUGCUGAGAGCGACCGCCAUCCCUGAGGAGCAGCGGCCCGCCAAGAAAGAGGAGCAGCACAACAACCAGGAAGAGGAGCCUGAACUGACCGAGGAGUUGCAUGAAACCGAGGAACUUGAGGAACCCCAGAAAACAGUCAAAGAUAAACCCAAACAGGUGCACUUUCUGCCCGCCCCCGUCGACAUCAGCCUCUCCACAGUUUAUACAGACGAUGCCUACGACUUCAACACUGAUUUUAAAUGAGCUCCGCUUUGAUCCGGGGUUAACGCCUCGGCCCCCGCGCCCUCUUCACCAUCCAGACCUGGAACUGCUCAUCACACUCAUUAACGGCGGAGAACCACUUUGAGUCUCCCCUUCUCUUCCUUCCCCUGUUGUGAAAUCAGCCCAGUUGGUUUCAAACAAGCCAGACCGAUGUCAUGAAGCAACGUGGAAACACAAACUGCUGAUUGGUCAGAUUAUAUCACACAUGGGUGGAAACCAGCUGUGUGCAGGUUUCAGGUUCUGUCCACAGAAACGAAUGCCAGCACAUGUUUUACCCCCCGUUUUAUUAAGCUUAAGACCAGAGAAAGAAAAUGUCCACCUGAGUCUGUCUAAAACCAGGAGACUGGCUGAGCUAAAACCCAGAGGUGCUCCUGUCAUCUCAGCUAUUAAACACGUUUAAUAGCUGAUCCCAGCAGGGUGUUGGUGCUGAGAACCGUAUCACGUUAUGGAAAUGCGUUUCUUGGAAACGCCGAGGCAUUUCCAGCAAUGCCGUUACAUUUGCUUAUCCUGCUGUUUGACAUCGGUGCCCUGAAACCCUGCCUGUAGUCAGACCUGAAGAACCGUGGAUGGCACCUCAACUCUACCCUCAGCUUGGAUUUUACGACAAAUCCAAUUAGAUGUAUCCCCCCUGGGGCAAUUUAUUGCCCGUUUAGCUGCCUGUAAGCAGUUGUGUAUAUAUCUGAUUACUUGUAAAAGACUAAUGUGACUGGAGACGGUUUGUAGGAUCAUAAUCUAUAAAACUGUAUAGAUGUGCACCUAUAAAUCUAAUAAAGCUACAAAAGUGACA